CUCACAGUUGACUUGUUGUUCAGUUGUUACUGAAUACAAUAUCUACCAUCUGAAUAAUGAAGUUCGGGAUCUGUUUCAUCCUUGUUCUGGUCUUGUUGGCUUGCUCAACUUUGGGCCACCCCACACCAACAGCCAAGUGUGUGCUUCAGCACUACAUGUGCCGAUACAACAACAGUCCCCCUAUUGCCAGAUUAAGACACCAUGAUCAAACCAUGGAAGCUUGGAACACGUGCAAUCAAGAGUGCGCCGACAAAAAGGCCGAGUACAUCUAUUAUGGGUACUUCUACUGUUAUUGUUAUGCCACCUGCAAGGAGAUCGUCAAGAUCCAUGAGUCCGCCAAUGGCAAUCUAUGGCCCAUCGGCAACGACCCCGACAACAUUUGUAGUAACUGAAUUAACCCGCAUCCAAAACGGGCCUAGUCACAAUUCAACUGUGGCGAAAUAAAUGCCUGGCAAAUCAGAA